AUGUUUAGCAGCGCUUUGUUUCUCGCCGCUCUCUUUGCGCACUCCAACGGCACGCCCCUUGCUUCCUCCUCAGCUCCCAGGCCCCGCGCGGUAGCAGUGCCUCCCCCCAGCGUCGAGUUUCUCGGCAGGACGACAUCCAACUUUCCCAACGUGUUCCGCGAUGGCGGCGGCGGCGGCAGGAUCAACGGCCUCAACAUGAUGAUCUUCUCGGACGGAAUCUACACCAAGGACGGCCGGCCGCCGGCCGAAGACUUCUCCAACUGGGCCAACUUCUCGUCCAACUCCAUCGCCGUGUCCGACUGGCACGGCGAGGGCGUCACCAAGCUGUCCGACUUCGGCACGCCCGACAAGGGCCCCAACCAGAUGGUGCCCUUCUUCUACGCCGGCGGCGAGGACGACUACAAGACGGGCAUCUGGCCCAACCAGGGCAUCGCCACGCUGUGCGGUGGCAUCUGCGGCGUGUCGUUCCCCGAGGUCGUCGACCGCCAGCACCCUGGUAACGGGCUAGCCAGCCUGCUGUACAACACGGCCAUCAAGAUCUCGCUGACGGGGUACGAGCCCGUGGUCGAGCGGCCGACGCAGGCCCUGUUCAACAACGGCGAGCCGCUGUUUGGCUCCUUCGGCACCCUCGUCGGCGUCGACGGCUUCCUGUACACCUUCGCCGCCAUCUCCAAGACGGCCGACGACGCCAACCACGGCCUCAAGAUGGCCCGCGUGCCCCAAGCCGCCUUCGCCGACCGCUCCCAGUACCAGUACUGGGACGGCGCCGCCUGGUCCCCCGCCAUCCCUCCCUUCGCCGACGGCGGCCACUCAAACAUCCUCAGCUGGAGCUGGGAGGGCUUCGGCGUCAAGUACGGCCCCGGCAGCGGCGACCUCUUCUACAGCCAGCUCUACGGCCAGUACGUCCUGCUGUUCAUGUCGGGUGCGCCGGCCCUGGAUGCCCAUGCCUACAUGUCGUUCAGCACUAAGCUCGAGUCGGGCUGGUCGAAGCCCGUCCCCAUCUACGAGCUCCCUCCCGUCGCUGACGGGUACAAUUAUGCUUUCCACGCGUAUAGCAACUACGACCCGACCGGAAAGACCAUUCCCAUCUCGUGGUCGCAGUGGGGACAGUCGGAGUCGUACCACGUUGGUAUGGCUAAUCUUCAUUUCUCGUGAUCUGGCCGGCCUCUGGUGAGUAACUCGUCACUGUUUCAGUAUUUGCCUUGAUGCAAGCUGUCCGAGAUUAUCUCUCCUUUGUUUCAAACUUUGUUCAUUUUCUUCCAUCUUCGUUUCAUAUUUCUUUUUUCGUCUUUCAUCCGGGCAUAGCGGUGGUCAUCGGUUGGUUAGACUUUGAUUGGUUAGAUACUCCUUAGACAGAGAACAGGUCCCGCUUGGGAGAGGCGUUGAGGUUUUGGUCAAUGGCGCAUAUUGGAAAACGUGGCUUGUCAUUAUCCCUGCUAUAGAAUUAAAUUUUAGUGUUUCAAUGGAC